ACUUUUACAGAAAUAUUUUAUUUUUUAAUGUAGUUUUAGAAAAUAUUACCGUAUUAUUAUUUUAAAAUUAUUCUAUUUUUUUUCUCUUGGGUUUAGUUUUUUCAAAAUUUCUGAGCAUUAUUAUGAUCUAAGUUGAGUUGAGUCAUAUUGUUAUUUUUUUAUUAUUACUGUUGUUGUUGUCUUUGAGCCUAAAUAAAUCUGAACUCUAAUACUUUAUAAUAAAAAUUAAAAAAUACAGGACCUAAAAUUGCGCUCCUGGAAAAUUCACUCCGUGAUCAUUUCAUGUGCUACGGAAGCCGACGCUGGUCAAAUCCCACUCAAAAUUUGAUUUGUCUCAAUUAGAAAAAAUCACGCUAGCACUCGCAGCGACUGUUAUUGGAAAUUCAAGGACAAAUAUCGCGAUUGUAGCCACAUGUGCGUGAACGUGUUUGUGUGUGUUGGUAAAAGGUGCUGGAGACAAAGAGAGGGAGCGCAGACACACACUCUCCACACACUCUCCACACACUCUCCACACACUCUCCUGCAGCAUCACGGAGCUCCGACCAGCGGCCGCUGCCUGUCGUCGACGUGAGUGUUGAUCUGGACCAGGGUUGUCCUCCGUCCUCAUCACCCAAACAUCACACAGGCUGCUGUUUGCACCAGACGAGGAGGAUGAGGAGCAGCACGACUACAGCAGCAGCAGCAGCAUCAGCAUCAGCAGCAUCGUCAUGUCUCCACCUGCAUCAAACCACCGCCUCCCGCUGACCAGACGGGCCAAGACACGGAGGAGAGAGGCUGUGCUGUGGCGUCCUGACACAUCGGUGUAGCCACCAUGCUGUGCUCCUGGAAAUCCAUGGUGCUCCUAGCAUUAGCCUCCAUAGCCAUCCAGUACACCGCCAUCCGCACCUUCUCCUCCAAACCGCUGAACAUACUCUGCUCUGUGGGCCUGAUACCUACAGGCCAAACUGUGAACUGCAGCCUCAAGGAGCUGACACCGGACCAGGCAGAGCGAGGCAGUAAUGAGACCCUCGCUAACACCAGACCUUCUCCCAACUUAUCGUUACCUUCCAAGGGUGAUGCCCAUGAGAGAACACACAUCCUCAUUCUGGCCACGACACGGAGCGGAUCCUCGUUUGUGGGUCAGCUCUUCAACCAACAUCCAGAGGUCUUUUACCUGUUUGAGCCUCUGUACCACGUCCAGUCGGUGCUGCUUCCUCGCCUGGCGCAGAGCCGUAACCUGGCUGAGAGGAGGUUGAUGAUGGGAGCGGCCAGAGACCUGCUGAGGUCCCUGUAUCACUGUCACCUCGGCAGCCUGGAGAGUUACAUCAGACCCCACCCUGCCAACCACUCCACCGACAAGCUGUUCAGGAGAGGAGCCAGUAAGAGACGUUCUAACGAUGCUGUGGUUAAAGCCGUGGUGCCGUCUGAGCUGUUUCUGUGUCCUGUACCUGCAGGCCGCUCUCUGUGUUCCCCUCCUGUGUGUGAGGUUCCUCUUGGUCCCGAGGACCAAGGCCUAGUGCUGACUGAUGAGGGAGAGUGUGUGAAGAAAUGUGGGCCUCUUAACGUGACGCUGGCUGCCGACGCCUGCAGAACGAUGCGACACACUGCCAUCAAGACUGUUCGAAUCCCCCAAGUCAGUGACCUCAAGGCCCUGAUCGAGGAUCCAAAACUCAAUCUGAAGGUGGUGCAGCUCGUUCGAGAUCCUCGCGGCAUCCUGGCGUCCCGGAUCGAGACGUUUCGAGACACCUACCGUCUGUGGCGUCUAUGGAGAGCGACCGGGCGUAGACCCCAUAACCUAGACCUGGGUCAGAUCAACACCGUGUGUGACGACUUUCUCAAAUCGGUCUCCACCGGUCUGUCCAAACCUGCGUGGCUCAGAGGACGCUACAUGCUGCUCAGGUAUGAAGACGUGGCCAGGUUCCCUCUGCAGAAAACCAGAGAGCUCUACAACUUCCUGGGUCUGGACUUAGACCAGAGCGUGAAGGACUGGAUCAUCAACAACACGCGGGGCAGCAGUGACCAGUCGUCCCGACAUAAGUUCACCACGGUCCGCGACUCCGCCGCCAACGCAGAGAACUGGAGGGUGAAGCUGUCGUUGGACAUGGUGACCUACACCCAGAACGCCUGUCAACCUCUCCUGCAGCUGCUGGGCUACAGGACCGUGUUCCACUCCAGAGAACUCAGGAACUUCUCCCGCUCUUUGGUGGAGGACAGGAUGUUCCUCCCGUUUCUCUGAAGGCGUGAGCUUUG